AUGCCGGCGCCACGCUUUGGGCGCAUAAAUGCAUAUUUUCGUACACUGAGAUGGAGGAGUGUCGGCCAUGGUGCUCUGAUAGGUUUCAACAUGCUAUGCUUCGGGCAUAUGUUCGUUGACUAUGUCGCACGUAUCGGUUUCAUGUACGGACCUUCGAUGUUACCGACAUUUGCCGCAACGGGCGACGUCGUACUCGAGGACCGAAUCUCCGUCCUCCUCGGACGCCCAUUCACGCGCGGCGACCUCAUCACAUUCAUAUCACCCGCGAACCCCUCUCACAUAGUAUGCAAGCGCAUUCUGGGUCUACCGGGUGAUGUUGUAUGCAUGGAUCCAACGGGUACAGUCGCACCAAGCGACGAGCAUGUCGUUGUGCCGCGGGGCCAUCUCUGGGUGCAGGGUGACAAUGCUGACAAUAGCCGGGACAGUCGGUAUUAUGGUCCUUUAAGUAUGGGUCUUGUGCGUGGUUUCGUGUAUGCACGGGUGUGGCCAUUCAGCACCGCGAAAAUCUUCCGAGGAGAACGCAACAGUACAUAUUUAGAUUAG